UACUUCUUGAUGAACGAUGAUGGAGUCUCUUUCUGUGCUCCGUUCUUGUUCCCCACCCUUUCGAAGCCCUUCCAAAACCCCCAAGUUCUCCUUCUCCUCCUUCAAACUUAUUCCCUUUCUACCCAACUCCAUUUCCACUCACCAAGUUCCCAAUUCUCGCCGGACCCAUUUCCCCUCCACCAAAAUAACCUCCUCUCCCUCUUCCUCCAGCCGCACAAAACGCCAUCUUCAGAACCCACUUCUUCACUUAAACUGCUCUCGCUUUCUGCAAACAGCCAAAUCCCAGCUUUGUUUCACACUAUUCGACCUCUUUGCUUCAUUUCCUAGCCUUGCCUCUGAGACUAUUGUUUCCUCAACCGAGCCAGUGUCAGACAAGAUAAACUUGGAAGCAAUCUUGGUCUCAAUUGAUGAUUUCUUCAACAGAUACCCGUUUUUUGUUGCCGGGUGUACGUUCAUUUGGCUUAUUGUUCUCCCGCUAACUCGAGAGUACUUGAGCAAAUGCAAGUUUAUCUCUGCCAUUGAUGCAUUUAGCAAGCUUCGUGAGGACCCUAAUGCACAGCUUUUAGACAUUAGAGACGCGGGGAUUUUGACGUCGUUGCCAUCCCCCAAUUUGAAGAUUUUGAACAAGGGUGUGGUUCAGGUUCAGUUCAGUGAAGGAGAUGAAGAUGGGUUUGUGAGGAAAGUUUUAGAGAACUUUCCAGAUCCUGCUAAUACUGUUCUUUGUCUUCUUGACAAUUUCGAUGGUAGUUCCUUGAGAGCGGCUGAGUCAUUGUUCAAGAGUGGUUUCAAAGAGGCUUAUGCAAUCAGGGGUGGAGUGCGUGGCAAAAAGGGGUGGGUGGCAAUUCAGGGGACCCUUUUGCCGUCUUCUGUCCAUAUUAAACCUAAAAAGAAGAAAAAGAAGAAGAGGGUUGAUAUUUCAAAAGAUUUAGGGGUAAAUGGAGGACUUAAUCCAGGAACUAAAGAUAACAAAGAGGAUUCCUCAUCUACAAGCAUCUCUAUAGUAGAUAGCCAAAAGAUGGGUGUUGAACAUGAAGACAAGUCUAUGAAAUUAACACCAGAUUUGCAAAUUGGUUUGCAUUCAAGUUCUCCUUAUCCUAAUGUAUGAUCUUUCUCUCUCUCUCUCAAUCAUCAUAACAGACUAAAUAGUUAACAAUAAGUUAUUAUUGCUCCUUUGCCUGUUGCUUCUUUGUUGAGAAACUGACAUCACACCUCAUAACCUCAUUCGAGAACUUGGAUUUUGUAGGAUCUCUUAAUCAUGACUUAAUCAUGACCCCCAUAUUUCCAAUUUGAUUACUUUUAAAUGGCUAUAAAUCUCAUCAAGAAGACGAAGGCAUAAGUUUCAUCUUAUGCUUUUAAAUGCAAGUAAAGAACCAGUUUUGUGCUUCUUGGAUUGGUCAUUUUCAGGACUCAAUUACUUUACAUUUUGAAGCUUACUGACAUUUUCCCCUUACUCUUUCUUCCUCUGUUUCUUCAAAAUAGUACCCAGAUCUGAAACCACCAUCUUCGCCAACUCCAUCAAAGCCAUGACAACGGUGCUGCGAGCAUAACUUGAUCUGAAUUUGCACCAUCCACUGGCUUGAGGCAACUUUUGUUUAAAUUUGCAAUUAACUAUUUUGUCAAAUUUUGAUGGGACUGAUUCUGUAUCUUAAUGUCACAUUCUCCGAAAAGAAAAAUAGUUAAAGAGUGCUCCUUUUCUGCCCCUUUGAUGCGGCAGCCAAUUCUAGAGGACUUAUUAAGCACUGAAUCCUGCAGAGCUGUUAAUUUACUCUCUUGCCAAGUGUGUUGUGGUUUGAGCUACUUCGGCCCUAGUUUUUAUUUAACAGUGAUCUGGCAAGGUAGCGGAUUUGUAGGGGAUCAUAUGAGCCAAAAGCCUAUUUUUAGUCUCUCAUCUUAUCAAGUUUGAAUGUUUUAACUCUUCAUCUUAUGACACUUUUAACCCU